CUCGUUCUGUGAUCUCUAUCAUGAAACACUGAUUACUUGAUGUUACCGAAAAAUAACUGUAAUAAACCGCGUAUGGGCACUGCCAUGGAUAUUUGUCAAGUAAUUUGGAAGCCUAGAUGUCGCUGUUUGGCUGAACUCGAUUGGAUCAACCAUGGAGCCAAGAAUGAGGUCGCAUCUGUAUUCCAUUCUAGCGUUGGUCAUGAACGGAGACUCCCCCAGACCCUCCAAGAAGGUUCUGACCUUGGUGCUAGUUCAAAGGGACCAAGAGCUCCUUUUGGGGUACAAGAAACGCGGAUUCGGACAAGGAAAAACCAAUGGAUUCGGGGGCAAAGUCGAGCAAGGCGAAACCAUCUUAGAGGGAGCGAUUAGGGAGUUGCUAGAGGAAUCGGGAGUCGUGGCCCAACCUGAGGACAUGGACAAGGUUGGUGAAAUUGUGUUUGAAUUCAAAGACGAUCCAGUUCUACUUGAAGUGCACGUGUUCUUAACCAAGGUGUUUUCAGGUGAAGUGGUGGAAACGGAGGAAAUGCGACCCAAAUGGUUCCAAAUUGACAAUCUCCCAUUUGAUCAGAUGUGGGUCGAUGAUGAGCUUUGGUAUCCGAAAGUCUUGGCCGGUCAAAAAAUCAAGGCUUACUUCCUCUUUGAAGGCCAUGAGACCAUUCUGAAGACUGACUUACGAGUGGUGGAAGAUUUCUCCUAAAACGACUGUAUACAUCUCGGUUUUUAUGCUAAAAAUGACGACACUGGGGGAAGUUUUCUUCGACAAAAUUUUCGUAUUUUUGUAUUUGCAUUUCUCGAAUUCAAAAUAGAAAGCACCAUGAUGA